AUGAAAUCUCUCUAUUUAGUUUUUCUAACUCAAAUAAAUGAUUAACAGUAAGUAUUAUUAUUUCAAAAUACUCCAUAACAAACUUUUUCUCUUCCAAAAACAGAAAUUACAAAAGAGGAUUUCUUAAGUGCAUCAAUAGCUGGACCAAAGAUAAUAUUGGAUUAAUUGAAAAAUAUUGAGUUAUAGAAAUUUACUUUUUGUAAGUAAUAAUAUUUGGAUAUGGUUGAUUUUGAUAGUUACAAAUACAAAGAAUAACAUGUGUGGAUUCAUAGUUCUUAAAAAGAGAAAGUAUAAAUCAUAUAAAAUUUAAUAGGAAUUACUAAGACAUAAAAGAAAUGUUUAAGCUUCACUUUGGACUUAAUUUUUUAAUAAUUGUCCAUUAUGGAAUGAUGAUGAUGAAUAGAAUUUUUAUUACAUAAUAUAAUUACAAAAAAAGGACCUUGAACAUAUAUAAUCCUAAUAGGGUUUAAUUAUAAAGUAUGGAUAAUAGUUAUAAAAAUAAUAGAUAAAUAAAUGUGUAAGAAUUAGAGUAAAACUUUUAAAAGGAUUCAUUAGAGUAGAGAUAAAAGUUUAAAGACUUAUAAAAUGCAUUGAUAAAAAAUGAACAUUUAAGGAUUGAUGGUAGAAUUAUUCUUCACUUUAAUUUCAAGACUUUAUAGCAUUCAAUUUAUAAUAGUUCAGGUUUUCAAUUAGAUACAGUUUCUGUAUAUAAUGGAAUAUUUCGUAGAAGAUUUGAUAAUUGGAAUCAAUAUAAUGUUGCUCAAGGACAUUAUCCAAGUGAUGAUAUUAUUAAGAGAGCUGAUGCAAUUAUUAUGCCUGGCAAUAGAAUAUCAGUUUAUGAUCAUUAUUAGUGGAUUGAAGAUGUUAAAUAGAUUUUAAGAAAGGGAUAUGAAACUAAUCCAAAAUUAAAGAUAUUAGGAAUUUGUUUUGGCUUUUAAAUUCUUACUGUUGCUUUAGGAGGCAAAGUUGAAAGAAUGAAAGAUUAGUUUGUUUUUGGAAAUACAUUUCUCGAACAUCAAAUUAAUGUGAUGAAAUAAUUCAAGUUAUUUUAAGGAAUCUAAUUAAAAGAAAGGACUGUCAUAAACUAAGCUCAUGGAGAUGAAAUCACAUAACAUCCAGAUUUCUUAUAUUUAUUAUCAUCUAGUGAUUCUUGCAAAGUAACUUUUAAAUAAAUUUAUUGAUAGAAUGAAAUUAUGAUUUCCAAAGAUGAAAGAAUUUUAGUAUUUUAAGGACAUCCAGAAUAUUCAAGUGCUGGAAUGAAUAUGAUAUCACUUACAUCUAGAUUACCAUCUGAAUAUUCUACCUUAGAUUAAGUAAUCAAAGAUGUUAAAAGAUUGUAUCCUUAAGAAUAAGAUCCUUUUCAUUUAAAUUUAUGUUUAAAGUUUCUUAAAAUUGAAAAAUGAC